AAACCAACAAUUUCGGGGCUUUUGGGGUGAUUCUCAACCAAAAGCACUCGAAAAAGCUCCCCCAGAUGAACAAUAUCAAGCGACUGAAGUGUGUUUGUUACUCCCACGAUAAUAUUUAACAUUUUAUCACUGAAUUAAAAUGUUAGAGCCGGUUUAACUCAUCAACUUCGACUCAACGAUUCUUCAUAAUUCGUGGACAAUACUCGAUAUAUCGCUUGUCAGGCGGUUGUUGCUGUUAUUUGAACGUUGUUUGGACUGUUUUUAUUUUUACUUCGGGGUUUUGAGCAUUUUGAAUCGGUUUGGGAGGGGAAAUUAAGGGUUUUGGGGGCUGCUGAGGUUUUUGGGAGUUUCAGGCGAUUUUUGGGAUUCACUGGGCAGAAUGUCUUGUAGUUAUGCUGAUGGAUUGUCUCCGUAUGAAAACAAAGGCGUCUUGGGGCUUGAGGAGAAAUACGAGAGCUCUGAGACCCUGAGGCUUAAAUGCGGACUUCUGGCGGAGUGGAUCCAGGGAGCACGUCAUGUUGUGGUGCACACAGGUGCAGGGAUCAGCACUGCUGCUGGAAUUCCCGACUUCAGGGGACCCAAUGGGGUCUGGACCCUGGAGCAGAAAGGCUUAAAGCCAGAGAGGGGUAUUUCCUUCGAUGAUGCCAUACCCACGAAGACCCACAUGUCGCUGAAACGACUGCUCGAGAGUCAAAAAAUUAAAUUCAUCGUCAGUCAAAAUAUCGACGGUCUUCAUCUUCGCUCUGGAGUGUCUCGGCAGUACCUCGCUGAGCUGCAUGGCAACAUGUUUACUGAGCAGUGUGAUAAAUGUGGAAGACAAUUCAUCCGUCACUUCGCCACCACAAGCGUGGGAAAAAAAUGCCUGGACACAGUCUGCAGGUCCGAGCAACUGGGCGGCCGUCCCUGCCGAGGUCGUAUGCACGACACAAUCCUCGACUGGGAGCACAACCUCCCCGACAACGACUUAGCCCUCUCCGACCUCCACUCGAGUGUCGCCGACCUCAGCAUAUGCCUCGGGACAACCCUCCAGAUAAUUCCCAGUGGCAAUCUCCCCCUGUACACGAAAAAAUACGGUGGCCGCCUGGUGAUAUGCAACCUCCAGCCCACGAAGCACGACAAGAAAGCCGAUCUCGUGAUAAACGGCAAUGUUGAGGAGAUAAUAACGCACGUGAUGAAGAAACUGGGCCUGGAGAUACCCGAAUACACGACGGACAUCGAUCCUACGAGAAACUCAGACCUGUCCUCCUCAGAGCUCGACUGGACAAUUCCCUCGAGUCGGAUCAAGGAGAUGAAGGUGCUCUACAAGAAGGUCUGCAAGCCGACGAAACGCAACAGAAAGACGUUCAUGUACGAGAGGGAGAGAGAGUGCGAGAAGCCACCGAAGGCCAGAAAAAGGUCACUAGGUGUUAAGAAGGAGGAGAUCAGGGCGACUGGGGACGACGAGACCCCUUCCUUCAACGUUGACAUCAAAGAGGAGAAGGAGAGUCCAGACAUCAAAGAGGAAGUUGUUGACAAUGACGAGAGGAGCAGCAUCUAACGUCCAUCUGCUGAUCGUUUUCGCUUGGUUCUCCCGCACUGUCGAGUAAUCUUCAAGUGCUCCAAUAAUAAUUACUGCGUUGUAUCGUUAGGGACGAGUAGAUUUUGUCGUUUCAACAAACGAAAUUGGGAAUGAUUUGCUCACACUUUGGUUUUUAUGGAGAAUGAAGGCAUACUUUGACACUGAGACUUCAUUUUUGAAGAAUGUUCGAUGAAAUAAAACUGCACAAAAGAAGGAUUACUUGAGUAAAAGUAAAUUUCUAAGGUAACUGAUUAGGAACUAUUGAAAAAGGAAGAAAAGUUUUUACUUAUUUUUGUAUCUGACGUAUUAUUAAUACUAUUAUGGAUAUGUGAUUCGUUUGAUCUCCAGUCUGAGCUGCUUACAAUUGUCAUGUGGAAAUUAAUGUAAUGAUCGUGUAAUACCGAAAUAUGAGUGAUUUAGUUUGAGGUGAAAAGAGGGGAAUUUCAU